UAGUGUCGUCGCCGGCCGCUCCGCGCUUCGCUGCGACAAAACUCGCGUGGCGGUGAACAGUGCGCGCGCGCCUCACGCAGCCUCUCAAACCUUAUCGGGACGCUAUCAGUGACUGUGAUUGUGAAGUAAAACCCUAUCGAUUACAUAAAUAUUACGAAAGGAUUUAUAAUUUUUAUCAAUGUUUACACAUAGUUUAUGAAGAAAUGGUUGAUCAAUAUUCGGAGUGAUUAUAAUUUUUGUAAAGUCACUUUUUUAAAAUGGUAUCUUUGUAGAUACACUGCAGUCAAUUUCAUCAAUUUUAUAAUAUAAUAUUAUGAUCAUUUGUAAUGAGUAACGUCAAAAUAGUACUCGGUGAGUGAUACAAACAAACAUGGUGAUGGGAACACGUUAAAAGUGAAAACAAAAUGGCGACACAAGGUGAUAACGUGCCCAUACUGAAUGGAGACAAUAAAACGAAACUGGACCAAAUCAACGAAUGUACAGAUGAGAAGCAUUCAGAUAAUGUCGUAGUGACAGAUAUGGAUAGCGGCAAAGAUACACUGAACGGUGGUAACGAGAGUUUAAGUAAACAAAAUGAGAACGGGAUCAAAGUGGAGUCGUCAAAGGAUCUGCUGGUGGUGGCGAGAGGAGAGCCGAGGAAGUCCUUCAUGGAGGAGGAGUGCGCUAAGGAGAAGACGAGGCUGUCGCUCCUCAAGCAGUGCUCUGCUAUACUGAAGCAGAGCGACGAGAGGUACACCAAGGAGACGCUGCAUCGCACGUUUCAAGAUGAGGACCUGCUGGAGAGGAUCUUCAGGCUGUUCGACGCGGACAGGAAGGAUUACCUGGUGCAGGACGACUGGCUCGAGUUCCUCAAGCAGCGCCUCACUGACGAGAAGCAGCUGGAGCUGGUGGAGCAGGUGGAGAGCGUGGCGUACGUGGUGUGCGGCCACGGACACAUCACGCCGCACGCCUUCCGCACAGUGCUGCAGAACAAAGUGGUAACAAACAAGCUGUUGAAAGUGGUGGACAAGGACGGCGACGGCUGCGUCACCGCCGACGAGAUCAUGGAGUUCCUCUCGAUGGUCACCAGCAGCAGACCUCAGGCCGGCUUCGACAAGAGCAGCGUGGACCGGCUGGAGCAGCUGUUCCGGCAGACCGUCGGCGACCAGAAGGAGAUCACCAAGGAACAGUUCAGAAACAUCGUCGACUCCAAAAAUUCGUUCUUCACGGAGCGCGUGUUUCAAAUAUUCGACGAGGACAACUCGGGCGCGAUCUCGCUGCAGGAGUUCAUCGCGGCCGCGCACCGGUUCGCGGGACACUCGCCCGACGACAAGAUACGGUUCCUGUUCGAGGUCUACGACAUGGACGGCGACGGUCUGAUCCAGCACCGCGAGCUGCAGCACGUGAUGUGGGCGUGCAUGGAGGAGAACGGCAUGCAGUUCAGCGACGAGCAGCUGCAGCAGCUCACGCGCGCCAUGUUCGAGGACGCGGACACCGAGCACCGCGGCGCCAUCACCUACGAGGCGCUGCGGCACCAGCUCACCAAGCACGACGGCCUCCUCGAGAACCUCUCCAUCAGCAUAGAUCGGUGGCUGGUGCCACCGAAACCGGAGCCAGAAAGGAUAUCUCUGUGGCAGCGCCUGCAGAAGCUGAAGCCGUACCAGCUGUCGGUGCCGUACUUCAAGAACAACUACGUGUUCCUCAUCUAUCUGCUGCUGUUCACGCUCGUCAACGUGGGCCUGUUCGUGAGCAGGCUGUACGAGUACUGGGACGCUGGUGUCUUCACCAUGCUGGCUCGGGCUUGCGGUCAGUGCUUGAACUUCAACUGCGCGUGGGUGCUGGUGCUGAUGCUGCGGCGCUGCAUGACGCAGUUGCGGGUGCGCGGCGCGGGCGCGCUGCUGCCGCUCGACCAUCACAUCUACCUCCACAAGCUCACCGGCGUCCUCAUCGUGCUGUACAGCCUCUUGCACACCGUCAUGCACCUCUGUAACUUCAGUCUAGUAGUGGUCAACGAUACAAAUAUAAACGCGAACAACUUCACAUUGUACGAGUGGCUGCUGACGGAGCGGCCGCGCCGCUUCGGGCUGGUGGAGGGGUGCGCCAACCCCACCGGCCUCGCCCUCCUCCUCAUACUGCUCGUCAUGUACGUCUGCAGCCAGCCCUUCAUACGCCGCGGAGGCAGCUUCGAGGUAUUUUACUGGACUCACUUGCUGUACGUGCCGUUCUGGCUGCUGCUGAUAUUCCACGGACCUAACUUCUGGAAGUGGUUCGUGGUGCCCGGCACCAUCUACAUAGCAGAGAGAAUUAUCAGACUCGCUUGGCUGAGGUCGGAGCGCGGCAACACGUACGUGUCGUCGGGUAUCCUGCUGCCGUCGCGGGUGACGCACCUGGUGGUGAAGCGGCCGCCGCUGUUCGACUUCCACGCGGGCGACUACGUGUUCAUCAACAUACCGGCCAUCGCCACCUACGAGUGGCACCCCUUCACCAUCAGCAGCGCGCCCGACCAGCCCGACUACAUCUGGCUGCACAUCCGCGGCGUGGGCGAGUGGACCAACCGGCUGUACUCGUACUUCGAGCGCGAGCACGCGCGCCUGCACGCGCCGCCCGCCACCGCCGCCACCGCCGCCACCGCCGCCACCACGCCCGACGACCGCAAUCACAGCCCCUUCGACCGCAGCAUCUCCUGCGAGAGCAGACGCAGCAGCCGCAGCCGGCGCUCCGCCGCCAGCGGCAAGAAGCGCUCCGUCGACUUCGCCCCCGUCGGACACACCAACGACGCCUUCGAUGGGGACGUGACCGACAAUGGGGAAGUUAAAUCGCCGACCACUGUUCCAGUUCCCUUCCGCGGCUCCUCGCUGCUGACUCCGCUGCGCUUUCACAAGACGCACUCCAUGCCGAACGUCUUCAACACUACUAUCAAGAAACAACGGCAAAUUGCUCUCCGGGACUACAUGCGGUCGGAGUCUGAGAGCCGGUUCGGUCCGUGCUCGCCGGCGGCAGGGGUGGGGGCGGGCGGUGCGGCGGGCGGUGCGGGGGGUGCGGGGGGUGCGCGGGGCGCGGGCCGCGGGGCGCUGCACAACCGCGCGCUGGCGCACAGCUUCCGGUACAUGCGCAACAAGCCCGCCGUCGUCGCCUUCAAGACGCCCAGCUACGAGGACUGCGAGCGCCGCCGCAGCAACGACAGCAUACUCACCAUCGCUAGACGGCGCUUGUCGAAAAGUCUGUCUCCCGACAAAGACAUAGAAGCGGAGAAGCCAUCCUCCGAGGUGGUCGCCUCGACGGACACGGUGGACGGCGAAUUUGCCGACUACCCCAUUGGCAAACCUUUGGAAGUGUUCCUGGACGGCCCGUACGGCGCGGCGUCGUCGCACAUCUUCCGCGCGCAGCACGCGGCGCUGAUCGCGGCGGGCAUCGGCGUGACGCCGUUCGCGUCCAUCCUGCAGUCCAUCAUGUACCGCUACUGGAGCGCGCGCCGCCACUGCCCGCGCUGCCUCCACUCCUGGGCCUCCGACCUGCCGCACCACAACAUGACCCUCAACAAGGUGGACUUCUUCUGGAUAAACCGCGAGCAGCGUUCGUUCGAGUGGUUCGUGUCGCUACUGUCGCAGCUGGAGAUGGAGCAGGCGGAGCAGGGCGGCGCCGAGCGGUUCCUGGACAUGCACAUGUACAUCACCUCCGCCCUGCAGCGCUCAGACAUGAAGGCAGUCGGCCUGCAGCUCGCACUAGACCUCCUACACGAGAAGGAGAAACGCGACUUGAUCACUGGUCUGAAGACGCGGACGAACGCGGGCCGCCCCAACUGGGACAAGGUGUUCAAGCAGCUGCAGGAGCAGCACAAGGGCAAGGUGACGGUGUUCUACUGCGGCCCGCCGCAGCUGGCGCGCGCGCUGCGACUCAAGUGCGACCAGUUCGGGUUCCACUUCCGCAAGGAGGUGUUCUGAAACCACCUACCCACCCACCUCCAGCACACCUCCAUAAUAUUGUUAUUGUCGCGGAAUGAUGGAUUUAGGACAAUGAACAAAGAGCAUAUAGAAUACAUAAACAGUUAUUGUAGACAAAGACCCCAAAAAGUACAAUAUAACACUUUAUUUGGCUAUAUAUAUA